AUGGAGGCAGCUUCACCCCACUGUGGAGGUAAGUCUCCAUUUCAAGUUUUGGUAAAACCUAAAUGUUCAUCAAAUGCAACUGAUGCUAAAGUCCAUUUGGGUUUUUAUCUACCUGCAGAGUCACCAUUGUCACCUUGCACUAAUGCACACUUGAAUAACGAUUUGGCUUCUGUGGGGACACAGCUGGCUCCUAGGGAGAAACUAUCUCUGAGCUAGCAGAGACCUUCUGGGGCUAGUGCUGGGCUGAAGAACAUGGGAAACACUUGCUACGUGAAUGCCACUCUGCAGUGUCUGACAUACACCCCUCCUCUGGCCAACUACAUGCUGUCCCACGAGCCCUCCCAAACCUGUCCUCCUCACAGGGUCUGCAUGCUUUGUGUGAUGCAAGAUCACAUGACACGGGCUCUCCACCACCCUGGGGAUGUCAUUCGGCCCCUGCCUGCAUUGGCUGCUGGCUUCCACACAUGGCAGCAGGAGGAUGCCCACGAAUUUCUGCUGUUUACCCUGGACGCCCUGCAGAAAGCAUGUCUGCGUGGGCACAAGCAGCCAGGGGCUGGCUCCCAGGAUAUCACCCUCAUGCACCAAAUAUUUGGAGGGUGCUGGAGAUUGCAAAUCAAGUAUCUCUGCUGCCACAGCCUUUCAGACACUUUUGACCCCUACCUGGACAUCAACCCAGACAUCCUGGCAGCUCAGAGUAUGCAGCAAACCUUGGAGCAGUUGGUGAAGCCUGAAUGGCUAGAGGGGGGAAAUGCCUAUCAUUGUGGUGUUUGUCUGAAGAAGAUGCCAGCCUGCAAGACCUUGAGCCUGCAGACUGCCUCAAAGUUUCUCAUGCUUGUACUGAAACGGUUCUUAGUGCUCACAGGUGACAAAAUUGCUAAGCAGGUGCUGUAUCCUGAGUGUCUUGACAUGCAGCCAUACAUGGCUCAGCAGAGCAGUGGCCAUCUGGCCUAUGCCCUCUAUGCCGUGCUGGUCCAUGCUGGGGUGAGCUGUCACAGUGGACAUUACUAUUGCUACAUAAAAGCUGGGAAUGGCCAGUGGUAUAAAAUGGACGAUGCUAAGGUAGUGGCCUGUGACAUUACUUGUGUCCUGAGUCAGUGUGCAUAUAUCCUCUUUUAUGUCCAGAAGAGUGAACUUGAACCUGACAGUGGGAGCCUGUCACUAGGCAGGGAACCAAGAGCUCUUGGGCCUGAAGACACAGUCUUGGGAGCUGCCCAAGGAGAGCUCCAGGGAGACUCCUGUAGCCACGUAGAGGAGUCAGAGGAGCCCCUGGGGGGCACAGCCACCAGACAACUCACCUUAGAUCUGUGGAAGUUCCUCCAAGAACAGAAACAACCAAAGUCUGACUCCAACCCCAGGAAAGUAGAAUUCACUCUGCCUCCCAAUGAAGUCACCACUCACCAGUCAAAACACAGAGGAGGGCAGAGAAUUUACGAUAACCAGGAAAUAUAUGGGCCCAACAAGGCUACCAAGAGCACAGUCUGUGAGGAGUCUGUGAACACUUGUGUUGGAGGAAGGGCCAGAGCCACCAAGAGGAAGAACAAGCAGGGCAAGAGGUUGUGGUGGUGUUCUAGCAAUCCAGUACGAGGAUGA